AUGGCUCAUCACAAUGGCACUGUGGUGACAGAGUUUGUCCUCCUGGGCUUCACUUCCCAGCGCGACCUUCAGCUCCUUCUCUUCAGCUUCUUCCUGCCCAUCUAUCUCCUUGGCCUGGCCGGGAACCUGUUUCUGGCCAUUCUCAUCAGGGCUGAGCAAUCCUUGCACUCUCCCAUGUACUAUUUCCUGAGCCACCUGGCCCUGAUGGACCUGUGCUCCUGCUGCACCGUGGCCCCCAAGUUGCUCCUGGGCCUUCUGAAAGGACACGACACCAUCCCCCUCCCCGCCUGUGCCCUCCAGAUGUUCUUCUUUGCAGCUGCUUCUGAUGCUGAGUGUUGCCUCUUGGCUGCUAUGGCUUAUGAUCGCUAUGCAGCCAUCUGCCGCCCUCUGCACUAUGGAGCAGCCAUGCCGCAGCGCCUUUGUCGCCUCCUAGUGGCAGUGUCCUGCACAGCUGGUGUGACCUCUGGAGCCAUCCACUCUGGCAUGGCAUUCUGCCUGCCCUUCUGCAAUGCUAAUACUUUGGACCACUUCUUUUGUGACAUCCCUCCAGUGCUGGCUUUGGCCUGUGCAAAUACAGACCUCAACCAGCUGCUGCUUUAUGUGGUCUGUGGAACCAUCCAGAGCAGCACUCUUGCAGCCAUCCUCACUUCCUAUGGCAUGAUCCUCUGCAGUGUGGGGCGAGCAGGGUCAAGGAGAGCCAUAUCCACCUGUGGGUCCCAUCUGACGGCUGUGGGGGUGCUGUAUGGAACUCUUAUUUUCAUGUACCUACGGCCUGGUGGCACUUAUGCACCACAGACCGACAAGAUGGCUUCUGUCUUUUACACGGUGGUAAUCCCUACCCUUAAUCCUGGCAUCUACAGUCUCCGUAAUACUGAGGUCAAGCGGGCUGCCAGGAGGAGGCUAGGCAAAUGGGGCCGCUGGACUUGGUGUUCUUGA